AUGCCUCACCUCUACCAGGCCCCAGGACCCCAGGAACAUCCAGUCCCCAAGGAUUCCCGUGCCAUUCACUCCUCAGGCCAGACCUAUGAACAGCUGAGGCAGGAGUGCCUACAGAGGGGCAUCCUGUUUGAAGACAAGGACUUUCCAGCCAACAACUCAUCCCUCUUCUUCAGUGAGAGGCCCCCCAUACCUUUUGUAUGGAAACGUCCUGGGGAAAUAGUUAAAAACCCAGAAUUCAUUCUUGGAGGAGCUACAAGAACUGAUAUUUGUCAAGGGGAACUUGGAGACUGUUGGCUCUUAGCAGCCAUUGCCUCUCUUACGCUUAAUGAAAAGACCUUGGCUAGAGUUGUUCCCCAAGACCAAAAUUUUGGCCCUGGUUAUGCUGGGAUAUUUCACUUUCAGAUCUGGCAGCACAGUGAGUGGGUGGAUGUGGUCAUUGAUGACCGUCUCCCGACCUUCAGAGAUCGUUUGGUUUUCCUGCACUCUGCUGAUCACAAUGAAUUCUGGAGUGCCUUGUUGGAAAAGGCAUAUGCCAAACUGAAUGGAAGCUAUGAAGCUCUGAAAGGCGGAAGCACAAUUGAAGCUAUGGAAGACUUCACUGGAGGGGUAGCAGAGACUUUUGAAGUUAAAAAGGCCCCAGAAAACUUCUAUGAGAUCCUUGAAAAGGCCUUGAAGAGAGGCUCCAUGGUGGGCUGCUCCAUAGAUAUCAGCAACUCUUCAGAGUCAGAAUCACGAACACCUUUUGGCCUCAUUAAGGGUCAUGCAUACACUUUGACUGGAAUCGACCAGGUUAAUUACCGAAGCCAAAAGAUUGAACUCAUCAGAGUCCGGAAUCCUUGGGGUCAGGUAGAAUGGAACGGUCCCUGGAGUGACAAUUCUCGCGAGUGGAGUUCUGUGGACUCAUCUGAGCAAAAACGCCUGUGCCAUUCUGCUCUUGAUGAUGGAGAAUUCUGGAUGACUUUUAAGGAUUUCAAAAUCCACUUUGACAAAGUAGAGAUCUGCAACCUCACACCAGAUGCCCUGGAGGAAGAUGCCCUUCACAAAUGGGAAGUGACAGUCCAUCAAGGGAGCUGGGUCCGGGGGUCCACUGCUGGAGGAUGCCGUAAUUUUCUGGACACCUUCUGGACCAACCCCCAGAUCAAAUUGUCUCUGACUGAGAAAGACGAUGGGCAAGAGGAAUGUACUUUUAUUGUAGCCCUUAUGCAAAAGGACAGAAGGAAACUCAAGAAAUUUGGAGCCAAUUUGCUAACUAUUGGAUAUGCUAUUUACCAGAGCCCUUCCAAAGAGGAACACCUCAGCAAAGAUUUUUUCAGAUAUCAUGCUUCUCAGGCCAGAAGCAAAACAUACAUCAACCUAAGAGAAGUCUCUGAGAGAUUCAAGCUGCCCCCUGGGGAAUAUAUCCUGCUUCCUACGACUUUCGAGCCACACCAGGAAGCCAAUUUCUGUCUUCGGAUCUUUUCAGAGAAGAAGGCCAUUACCCAGGAGAUGGAUGGAAGUGUGGAUAUUGACCUACCAGAGCCAUCUAAACCAACUUCACCUAACCAAGAAACCAAGGAAGAAAAACAAUUCCGGGCACUGUUUGAACAGAUUGCAGGAGAGGACAUGGAGGUAACAGCAGAAGAACUGGAAUAUGUUUUGAAUGCUGUGCUUCAAAAAAAAAAGAAUAUUAAAUUCAAGAAGCUAAGCCUCAUUUCUUGCAAAAACAUCAUUUCUCUAAUGGAUACCAAUGGCAAUGGAAAACUGGAGUUCAAUGAAUUCAAAGUGUUCUGGGACAAGCUGAAGACAUGGAUAAAUAUCUUCCUUCAAUUCGAUGCUGACCAAUCUGGCACCAUGUCCUCCUAUGAGCUGCGACUAGCCUUGAAAGCUGCAGGCUUCCAGCUGAACAAUUACCUCUUGCAGCUAAUUGUCCUAAGGUAUGCUGACGAGCAGUACCAACUUGACUUUGAUGAUUUCCUCAACUGUAUGAUCCGGUUAGAAAAUUCAAGCCGGGUGUUCCAGGUUCUAAGCGCAAAGGACAAAGAAUGUAUUCAGCUCAAUAUAAAUGAGUUCAUCAGCUUGGCAAUGAAUAUUUGA